GACUUCAGUCCAGGAGAGACCAUGUCCGCCGUCAUAGGCAAGCUGUACUCACCUCUGCUCUCAUUUAAAACUAAUUCUCCAUGAAAUAACAGUAACACGGGGCCUCAAGGAUGGCCAACUCGGGUGCUGUUCAGGUGAAACUAGAACUUGGUCACCGUGCCCAAGUCAGAAAGAAACCCACUGUGGAAGGCUUUACCCACGACUGGAUGGUGUUUGUCCGAGGACCAGAGCACAGCAACAUUCAACACUUUGUGGAGAAAGUAGUUUUUCACCUGCACGAAAGCUUCCCUAAACCAAAAAGAGUGUGCAAGGAUCCACCGUACAAAGUGGAGGAGUCUGGAUACGCAGGCUUCAUUUUGCCUAUUGAAGUUUACUUCAAAAACAAGGAAGAACCGAAGAAAGUUCGCUUUGACUACGACCUGUUCCUCCACCUGGAAGGCCACCCACCUGUCAAUCAUCUCCGCUGCGAGAAGCUCACCUUCAACAACCCAACGGAGGAGUUUCGUAGGAAGCUACUGAAAGCUGGAGGGCAACGGGAUCCUCAUAAACGAAGUUCAGAAGACUCAAAAGUAAUGGUAAUGCAGGAGGGCUCAACCUCCCUGUUCGGCCAGCACCUGAAGCUGCCUACACUUCCCAACAGCUCGCUGACAUCCACCUUCUCUGACCCAAAGAAGAGCAAAAGCUUCCUUGGGUCAAAGGAUGGCUCCAAGGGAAGUGGAACUACCCUUCUCACCACCGCCACAACCACCAGCACCAACAGCAGCAGCUUCUCCAAACUCCACAAACCCUCCAAGGACCACAAAGACAAGCCUCCAAAAGACUUGAAAGAGCCCAAAAGUGCCUUCAGAGACUCUGGCUGGGAACCCAGCAAAGCCCCCAAAGAACCUUCCAGGAAACCCAAAGAGAACCAGCCACUUAGAGAUAUCAAUCCUAAGAUGGGCUUCAAGGAACCCAAGUCUUUGUCCAGGGAACAUCGGACUGAGGGGAUCACCCAUGGGUCAGGGCUAAACAAGCGUCUGUCCACUCCUGAUGGUGAUGAUCAUGUGGCCAAAAAACGUAAAAAGGGAUUUGUGGAUCCAUCGGGAAAGCAGACGUCAGGUUCAGACACUCAGCAUUCAGAUAAGAAACUAUUGAAGGAUAGAUCACAAAUACGAAGUAAAUUACGACCAGAAGGUGAUGAAGGUGAGCGCAGGAAGAUGUCAACACUUCCUCCAUUCCAAGAACUGGUGGACCCUAAUGACUCUGAUAUGGAGGACCAGUCCACCAAAUCAGAUUCCGAACAGCCUAGUCCGGCCAGUUCCAGCUCCAGUUCAGGCUUUGCGCCCACUCACCACAAACGACAAGUGGUGGACUUCAUCAUCAGGAAAAGGGUGGCUGUUCCUGCCACCACCCAUACAGUGCUGGGCCCGCUGCAGUCAGUGAUGCAGGAUCUGCACUCAGAUGACAACGAUGAGGAUUCAGAGGACGACGACGACAAUGACAUGGACUCUGACAUGGAGCGACUGGCGCACACACACCUCACACACCACCAGCGCAGGGUCAGUUUAAGUGACGGCAGUGAGAGUGACAGCUCCUCUCCCUCACCCCCUUCCCGCAAUGAGGCCCCGCCCUUACUGAAGACUACUAAUAACCAGAUACUGGAAGUGAAGAGUCCCACCAAGCAGAGCAAACAGGACAAGAACAAAAACAUAGAUUGUGACAAGGCUUACCUGGAUGAGCUGGUGGAGCUGCACAAGAGACUGAUGACACUAAGAGAAGGUCAUAUACUGCAACAGAUUGUGAACCUGAUUGAAGAGACGGGACACUUCCACAUCACAAACACUACUUUUGACUUCGACCUUUGCUCCUUGGACAGAAGUACAGUAAGGAAACUCCAGAGUUACCUGGAAACCUCCGGACUGUCCUGAGGCUCUGAGCAGCUGGCUGCUGGAUCUCUGUCUCCACAUAAACUUGAUUUUUUUUUUUUUUCUUGAAUAAACUCCAACUUUGGAUGCAAUGCAAAAGCCCCACUGUGGCUGGGUCCAGUUGCUGUGUGUCCAGCCUGCUGGUUGGACUGGGCUCUCUGAAUGAAGAGGUCGUCCCACUGCAGAAACCAGAGCCAGGUGUCGUGAUGAUGAGCCCUGUCGAUCAGGAGAUCACCCAGAAAGCCUUGAAAACUUCACUUGAUUUAAAAAAAAAAAAAAAAAAAAAAAAAUGGGGAGUGGCGACCGUGUUGCUCUUAAUGAAUGUGCAUAUUGUUACCAUGUAUGUUUCUUGAUUUGUUGUUCAUUGUGACAAAUGCAUGGUCAACAUUGCCUUACAACAUUGUAAGUCUUAUUUAUUGAAUUUAAUUUGCAGGUGUGUGUGUGUAUUUGAAAUGGCAACAAAAAAAGGAAAAACAGCAGAAUGAGACUUUGUUAAAGCACUUCACAGCAGGAAUAUCUUUGAUUCUGUGUGACAGUUGAGCAUCACUACAACACUCGAUAUGUCACUGACUUGAAUUAAAAUCAAAUAUCAGACUGAAUCAUUUCAGUAGGAACAAAAAACUGCCACAGCAGGUGUGAAGGUGACAUUUAUUUCUCCGUUCAUAAGACAUUUGUGAAAUCCAUUUUCUUCUAGCAAAAGCUAAAUCUGCAAUUUACAUUAUGCAAAAAAAAUAAAAAAAUAAAAUGCUUUCAGCAGCCUGACAGGAGCACUGCUAAACACUGUAAGGUCAGUUUUUAUGAGAAUCCAGCUGGACGCCUGGCAAGUCAAUGACGGGGAGAGGUUUAAAUAACAACAAUUAGUGCUGAAUUUUCAAAGUAAAAAUAGAGCCUGGGUGGAUCGAGCUUUAACCUGAUCCUGUUGUAGCCCCAUUUUUUUUUGAAAACCAACAUUGUGGUUGAGCUCUCAUCCAGUCUGAUGAUGUCGCCAGCACAAGAAAAGACCACUGAGAGCAGUGGGAUUCCUUUACAAGACAGUAGCGGAGGCUUUAAUAUUAGGUGAAAGGUGAAAACAUUGCCUGUAUAGAUACAUGUUCCUGGCAUCAUACAGUAUACAGGUGUGAGAUGUGAUGAAUCAUACAAAUGGGGAUAACAGCACUCCACACACACACACACACACACACACACUACUUCCACACCACUGACCAAUCGUCACGUGAAGUGGGCGUAGUUGUCUGUUUUUGGAAAGUCAUGAAAAUUAACAGAUGCUGGAGACAUAUGGUGUAGAUGUGUUACUCUAGUUUUACAAAAUGCAUCUGAUUCAUUUCUUUGUAAGUAAUCAAAGCCCCUGUAUGUAGAAAGUGUGAAGCAACAGCCUCUUGGAUUUGACCAACUACAGUCCUCAUUGGAAAAGCACACAGCGACUUUAAAUUUCCAGCUUUUGGUUGUAUGAACAGCUGUUGUAUUUCUAUUAGUGACUCAAUUUCAAACAGGACUUGCCAACUCUGUAGAUUAAUGCCUAUAUCUGUAUUCCACAUGCAUAGAAAAAUUUAAUUAAAUUGCACACACAGAUUGCCUCUCAGGCUGAAAGCAUACCAUACGUCUUUUCACUCAAGUGCAACAUAAUGUGGCAGUUUUUUAUUCCCAUAUUUUGACACUGUAUAGAUUAAGACGAGUGGCUACUGGAGUGAGCUGAGCACGAAUCACUGAAGUGAAACGUUGUCAUGAUUAUGAAUAUUGUGCUGCAGCAGGUCCUGCUGAUCUGUUCAUUGGCUGCAACUUAAAGAAAGCUUUGUUGUGUUGGCUCAUUUUCUGCUACAGGGCCAAUGGAACAUGCCAAAAGCAUAGAUAAUAGAUUCACUUGGUUUAGGAUACUACUAAUGUUUGUCUACAGAAUAUGAUUUAAAUGAAAUCAUUAUCUCUUUGCCAUUGAGGGAAAAGGAUUUGUAGAACAGACCCAAGCCCUGAGAGAGGAAAGGGAGAACUAACUAACUCCCUAUAAAAUGUCAGAGUAAAGAAACCAGCUCUUGUGUUCUGCAUUUCUGAAAUGUGUGAUGAAAUGUUUUGGGUAAAUCCAAUGGGGGAAAGAAGAGCCAAUGGGAACAUGAACUGACAGAUACUGUUACGGGUGAAAGAAAAAAAGGAUCUUUUAUUUAUUUGUGGGAGUUUGAGUUGUUAAAUCAAAGAUCAGCAUUCAUUUUUCCAAGGAGAAAGCCUUUGUUUGAUUUGUAACAGAGGACACUUAAGCCAAUCUGAUCGACUAAAUUUCAGGAUGGCAAACAAUGGUGGUCCUUUCCAAAUGACCUUACAGGGUUUUUCUUGCCCUGUAUUCUGUCUUAUGGUUUCUUGUGUAUUUUGAGGACAUACAAUAAAUAUUCUGUAUGAUGUACAGAUGAGUUAUUAA